AUGGCCGCAUCCCUUCUUCGUAACAACAACAACGAAAGCAAUACCCCGUCAUUUCAUAAGGGCGUGAGUGACGAUACACACAAUAGUCGUUUUAUUCAAUUCAUACAAAAUAGUACCGUCGCAGAUGUUUUGAACAUGGUGAAGCCAGAUCAACCGUAUGAAUUAUUCGACUUGCCAUUGACGGCAACCAUGGAAGAGGCUUUUGAUUUGCUUUUGAAACAUGACAUCUUAUCUCUUCCCGUAUACCGACUCGAGGACAAUAACGAAAAGAAGUAUAUCACCUUUGUAAGCGCAUUAGAUUUAUUAAAGCUCUUGAGCACCAAGGUAAAUUUACCCAUAAAACUUUUCAUGCAUAAAAUUUACCCCGUAAUACAAAGCGGGUUUAUCCAUCUCAUUGCCAUUACAAAAGAACCUUUGACCGUACUCGCUCUUUCUGAUUCUUUAGCAUCGUUACUAAAUAUCUUGAGCGUGCAAGGCACACACCGUGUUCUUGUCAAAACCCCACAGCAACAACAUGUCGUGUUAUCACAAAUGGACCUGAUCCGCUAUUUCCAAGCAUCCAAUCAUCAACUUGGUUCUCCGAUUUUAGACAUGUCUGUUUCUGAAAUGAAGUCGUCGCCCGUCCAUACAUGUCUCACUUAUAAAUCAACAGCAGCAAAAGCCUUUCUUACGCUCACGUCAGAUGACUCUAUCAGUGCUUUACCGUUGAUCGAUGAUACCAACCAAUUGGUAGGUGAUAUCAGUGCUCAAGAUAUACGUGGACUGAACAAAAGCCGUUGGUCCAUAUUGUCAAAACCCGUCAUGAUGUUUCUGAAAGAAAGAUACGGUGAUAAUGAAGAAGAUAGACCACAGUUAUUGACGUGCCAUGAUAAAUUCACAUUAUCGCAAGUCAUGUCAGCCUUUGUUUUACGUAGAGCACAUCGACUAUGGUGGAUGGAUUUUGAGACAAAUGAGUUGAAAGGAAUUAUCACAUUGACGGAUAUUUUGUCGACUUUUGCACAGGUCGCAGCAGCAGUCGGUGUGUCUUUUUGA